CAUCAAACAAUGUCCGGGCUUGCAACUGCAGCAAGCGACAUCCGCAAAGUAAACUAGGAUAUUUUUGCCGUAAUUGAAUCUGUGAUUAUUACAAGCCAUUCACAGUCCUCGUGAUUUUAACCACGGUGUAACAGAGCGCCAUUUUGAGAAGAAAAAAGCCGAUUCCUGUGAAAAUAACAGGUAGUGCAUAUCCAUUCUGCCUGUCGCCGCCAGUCUGUCACGGUCGCCAUGCAGGAUAAGGGCAAUAGGAUGAUUCCGUUCCCUCCACCCAUCGGCAGAGACAGAGUCAUCCGGGAAUUCCCGAAGUGGUACACACCUAAUGCCUCUCUGCAGCUGAAGAAAGACUGGGACAUUCAGGCUACAGCAGCCUGUAAAGAUGGAGCCAACAGGCAUCAGCCGUGGGACCGACAGAAAAUGUCUAAAGUGGUGGUUGUUGGAGACCUUAAUGUGGGGAAGACCUGCCUCAUUAAUAGGUUUUGUAAAGAUGUAUUUGAAAGAGACUACAAGGCCACCAUAGGUGUGGACUUUGAGAUCGAGAGGUUUGAGAUAUUUGGAGAACCUUUCUCCCUUCAGAUUUGGGAUACUGCUGGCCAGGAAAAAUUCAAAUGCAUUGCAUCUGCAUACUACAGAGGGGCUCAGGUCAUAAUCACUGUCUUUGACAUGGCAGACAUUAAGUCCCUAGAUCAUACACGCCAAUGGUUAGAAGAGGCCAUGAGCGAAAAUGAGCCUGACUCCUGUUUUAUCUUCUUGAUUGGCACUAAGAGUGACCUGCUGCCCGUAGAUGAAAAAGAGAGGACAGAAAAAGAUGCCAUCCAGAUGGCAACAGAAAUGCAUGCAGAGUUUUGGGCUGUUUCAGCUAAAACGGGGGAAAACGUGCAGGCGUUUUUUUUUAGAGUGGCGGCUUUGGCCUUUGAGAAGUGCGUACUAAAGGAUAUGGAGAAUGGGGUUCCUGCUAGUAUCGGACUUGGAAAUAGUAUCAAAUCAGACCGUGUCAACCUGGAUGAGGCCGCGGCCCAGGACAUGAAGAGAAGCUGCUGCUGAUGAAAAGAAGUGAAGCCGCUUAGGAGAGCGGAAUCAGACAGGUGCUCUAUCCAGAGCUUCAGCUAAAGAAACGAAAGUGACUGACCAUGUUUCACUGGUCUGAAAUGUGCCUUAGGACAUGUUUCCAUUAGGUUCCUUAAGUUAUCCAAACUGCCAUGUAUUCUCACGUUUGCAAAAGGUUCAACCAGUUUGCACUUCUAAAAGCCAAUUGUUAUUGGCUUGAAGCUGACAAUGAUGAACUAUCUUUGCUGAUACGAUAUCUUAUGAAUUUGACCUUUUUUAUGGGAUAGUUGUCUGUAUUGUAUUCUCAAUAUCAUUUAGACCAUGCCAUUUAGACCAAACCCAAGAUAAAAUACUAUACUGUGGCAAUAACAAAUCUGAGAAAUCAGUGUGUCUGCUUAAAAUUAGUUUAUGGUCUUAUUAAGGUCUUUUUCUUGGUCAAUCCUGCAAUAUUUUAAAAUACAAACUCUAUUAUUUGCAUCAUUUCAGAGGUGGAUAGUAAUAGAUUUAUUUGGGACAGGCAAAUGUUGUCCCUAGUGAAACCCUUAGAUGGAUGCUUUAGAUUUUCUUUGCUAUUGUAGUAGUUUUAAUCAUUCAGUAUUGUUGUAAAACAUGUCUCACCCAUUACUAUGGGUGAUUAAGGUUUAAUGAAGGUUUAUUUGCUGGAAUUUGGGAACAAGGAAACCCAACCAUUUUCCUUUUUAAAAAAAGUAUAUAAAUGUCAUAACGUUAUAACGUAAUUUCUUAAUGUGAUGUCUUGAAUCAUUGAAUCAAAAGCUGACACUAGUAAGGAGCUGUGUAUUUAUGAAACCAGUAUUGUUGUCAUAGCCUAUUACGUUUAAUAAAGUGGUUUAUUAGCG